AUGAUGUUGAUCCAGAGAACUCUUCUUUUCGGGCUCAUGAUCUGCUCUGCUCCGAGACUUUUUGAGAGCCACAAGUCCCUAAACUAUCUGCUCUUUCGGAAGAUCACCACCGACUAUAACAGCAAGUACAUAUCGCUCUAUGAAGUGGGAAUCAGUGAGGACCACUACACGAUCAACUUCACCUUACACUUUGCGAGAGACAUCACCGCGGACUUGUGGCUCAAGACCACCAUUGCCCAGCGUGUAUCCAAGGACUCAUACAGGGACAUCUUCACCUACAACGUGAACCUGUGCCAUGUCAUGGGCAGGGGCAAGGGCAACAGCCUGAUCAAUUACUGGCUGGACAAUAUCCUAAGACAAUCCAACUUGCCCCGGAGCUGCCCUUUUAAAGAGGGCCACUACUAUAUGAACAACAUUCGAUCGGAAAAGGAGACCAUUCCGCGGUUCAUCCGCUCCGGAAGCUUCCGGAUAGACUCCAACAUUUACGUGAGGGACUGGCACAACGACAACCUGACGAACACCGUCUUCUACGUUGAAAUCAAAAUGAAGUAA